UUCUCCUGAUGCUAAUUAACCCAAGUCCAACGCACAAAAAACCCAGAGCCGAAACCCGUCUCUUCGCAGCUCCGUCUACAGUGGCCCUUUUCGCCUCCUUCCCCAAUUCCGUUUCCCUUCUGAGUUCCUGGCUUUCUUCGGAUCUGGGGCUUCUUCAAUCUAGAGCAGAAGAAUCACAGGAUUGAAAGCCUCCAUCAUCGCCGUCGAGAUAAAAACAGCAAGAAAAAAAAACAGAAGAAAGAAAAGGGUGGGCGGUCGAUUUUAGUGAGUUGUGGAAAUGGAGAGAGCAGCGGAGGCACUGAACAGAGCAGCAAACAGCAAUGGAUUGAUGAAUGUGUUUCUAAUUGGGUGCUUUGGGGCGCUGGGAGUUCGGUCGAUGAGGCAGCAGAGGGAUAUUGAGGCAUUGGAGGCAGAGAAGGAGUCUUUGGUCAAAUCCAAUAAAGCCAUCAAGGCUACUAUUUGGGACUGGAAGAAGCAACUCUUUGCCGAGGCUGAGGAGGCUGCUGCCGCGGGGUCCAAGAAUUCUUCUAGAGCAGCAGGGGGGCCCUUAGUUCCUCUUUCCAAGCUUAAGGCUAUCUACGGCGAAGUAACCAGCCCAGCCCUCCCCGCUGCUGAUGCCGACGGCGCAAGUGGUAAAUCACCUGCAUCAAAGAUUGUAAUUUGACGGACAGUUAUUCCUACUAGUAAUCAAUCAUCUACUACUCUAGUA